AUGCUGAGUGGAGGAAGCGGCUAUCAUCGACACCAUCACACUACUAUCGAACAUCAAAUAAUUCCCAUACAUGGAAAUCCCUACACAUUUAAAAAUCGUCUUGGUAGUGGAGGCUUUGGAACGGUUUAUCGAGCGAGAGCACCAAAUGGAGCGCAAGUGGCCAUUAAAGUUAUUAAUAUUAAUCAAGAGCCGGAGAUUGGCAUGCAGUUAGUCGAAUCAUAUCUUAACGAAAUUGAAAUGAUGAAUAGACUAAGACAAGAAUCCCGACAUGUUCAUAUGGAUUUGAAACCAGAAAAUCUAAUAGUAUUUGGUCGUACACUAAAAAUAUGUGACCUUGGGAUAUCAAGAAAAUCAGAUAUGUUAGGUGCUGGCGGAAUUGGAACGCCAUAUUUUAGUGCUCCCGAAGUGAUGCAAGAGGAAUACGGUGUAUAUAGACAUUAUUCCCCGAAGGCAGAUAUCUGGAGCAUGGGAGCAAUAUUAUAUUAUAUGACUUAUGGACAGCCGCCUCGUUAUCAUAGCGGUUACGCCUCUGCUCCACCUCCGGGGAUGCACACAACGCGAGAUAAUGCGUUACAAGAUUUGCUUCAUCAUACUCUUCAUACAAGUCCACAUAGUCGUCCGAAUAUAACAUGGGUGGCGCAACAUCCUUAUACACUUAGGUCUUGA